GGCUCAUACUACCACGGAACAUCUCAAAGACGUAGUCCGGACUGGUCAGUCUCGGAGUCUGGGAGACUAGCAAAAAUUGACGAUGUUCUCACUUCAAACACUUCGAACGAGCGUAUCAUCUUUCCCGCACGGCGUACGUUUCCGGUCACAACUCGCGCCUCGUCAAGUCCAACACAUCAAACGACACAAAGGUCGCGUCCCAAUACCCAUAGGCGGCUCAACAAAAGGCACCACCCUUGCUUAUGGCGAAUGGGGCAUCCGCAUUAAGGGCAUGGGCGUCCGUUUCAGCGCGAAACAGCUCACUACUGCUGAGGAAGUCAUAAAACGCAAAAUAAAGGUUGUCAAAGGUGCAAAAGUCUAUCUCAGAGUUUUCCCUGAUAUCCCAGUUUGCAUCAAGGGAAAUGAAACUCGUAUGGGUAAAGGAAAAGGAACGUUCGAGUUUUGGGCUACUCGCGUUCCCACUGGUCGCGUCAUAUUCGAGAUUGGAGGCACGCCGAUAAGAGAAGAGUUGGCACGAGAAGCUUUACGACAAGCAGCAGACAAGCUCCCAACCAUCAUGGAGUUUAUCACGCGUUCGACACCUCCUAGGCUUGGAAAUUUAGUCUUACAUCCAGAAGUGCCCGCCCCCACCGCUGCUGCACAGCCUGUUGAGACUUCGUAGCCUCAGUUUGGAAUGCAUUCAUAUUUGGAUUACAAGGCUUUGUACAGAGCCAUUAGAUUCCUGCGUGUGCUUCCCCACCGUAAUUCCCUCCCGCUAUUAAUCGCAUUGGCCACCUGACUCGUGUUC